AUGCACAAGGAAGGGUACACCGAUAUGUCGCUCAAAGUGUCGCAGUUCCUGUUGAAAGUGGCUGGUAUAUGGGUGAUUGGAAACAACGCUGAGGAACGUCAGAGGAAGUUCGCUGUGUUCUACACACUCGCUGCCCUGAUUUACGGUAUAUACGUGAAUGCAGUGGAUAUUUAUCACAAUUUGGAUAAUUUCGCUCAUUGCGUCUUUCUGACUUCUAACAUAAUGUGCAUAUUAUUGGGAUUAUUCAAGUGUUUCGUAAUAAGCUUUUUCAGAAUGGAAUUCUCGCAUAUAGUUUCAUACGCCCAGAAACAUUUCUGGCGUUUGGAUUACGAUUACGACGAGAAGAUACUUUUCGGAAAGUGUCAGAAAUUUUGCAGACUGUGGAUCAUAGUUGUGAGCAUGAUUACUCAAUCCUCGUUGGCUUUUUACAUAAUUACACCAAUUUAUGAAAAUAUAGGGAAGAAUAAAUCGGAUAGGAUACUUCCGUUCAAAAUGUGGGUCGAUCUUCCUCUAAGCGUGACACCGUAUUAUGAAAUAAUGUUCGUCAUCCAGUUAUUGGCCGUAGAACAAAUUGGCAUCGCGUACGUGUGCAGCGACUUCUUCCUAUGCAUACUGAACCUGCACGCCCUCUACCAAUUUCGCAUGAUGCAGCAGGAAUUAUCGAGGAUCUGGUCGAGCAUCGAUGAACAAACAACGAACAUCACAGCUUACACGAGGCGGUGCCACGUAGCUUUGAAAAAGUGCAUUCGAAGGCAUCAAUCGUUGAUCGAAUUUUGCAAUAAACUCGAGCAGGUUUUCACGUUUCCGAUCCUCAGUCACGUGGUGGUGUUUAGCUUGCUCAUGUGUUUCGAUACGUACGAGAUACUUUUGGCAGACAUACCUACGUUGAAGAGGUUCAUCUUCAUUUGUCACAUGAUCGGUAGUUUCAUCCAUAUAAUUUUCUUCACGUAUAUUUGCCACGGUCUGAUAGAAGAAAGUGGAAACGUCGGGUUGGCCACGUAUUCAGGCUGGUGGACGACGUUGCCAAUGAACGAGACUGGAAGAAUGCUGCGAAAAGAUAUAAAGAUGAUAAUGAUGAAGUCCAUGCGGCCGUGUUACCUCUCCGCAGGUGGUUUCUUUCCGAUGUCUUUGGAAACGUCUACUGCGCUUGUAAGUUCCACAAUGUCGUACUUCACCUUAAUGAGGGAAUCGUCCAUGAAAACGGAACAGCGUUUUUAUCUGUUGCAAUAUUUUAUACGUGGCGAUCGUACUGUUGAAAAUCGGCGUCUUGUACGCGCACAAGGUAGAGUUCUUCGAUCUGAUCGCAUACACUCAGAAGAAUUUUUGGCGUUUUUACAACGAUCCACAAGAAGUAUUGAUCAUCACUGGGUGCAAGAAAAUAUGCAACUUUUCCAUCGUCCUCAUCGUCUUCUGUGCCCAAGGCACUUGCGCCGGCUACAUGGUCACUCCGCUUAUAGAUUGACGAAUUUGGAGGACGCAAUCAGGGAUGAAAAUCAGGGGGAAUCAUCGAGAUUAUCAUCACGUUACUACGAGAACUAUUGCUACGAAAAGUUGAAGGAUUGCGUGGGGCAACACCAGACGCUCAUCGAGUAUUGCAAAAGAUUGGAAAAUAUAUUCACGGUGAUGGUGCUUGGCCAAGUAAUGUUUCUUGCCGUGGUGAUAUGCCUCGUCGGAUUUCAAUUGCUUCUUGUUCAUUUAAAAGAUUUCUUUCAUCCUCUUAUGGUAAUAAUUAUAUACGUCGAAUUUAUACAGGCGGACACCCCAGCUUCGAAGAAAGCCAGUUUAGUGCUCAAUUUGGGCGGCACCUUCUUUCAACUUUUGAUCUUCACGUAUAGUUGCGACAAUUUGAUACGGCAAAGCGUGAACGUGGGCAAUGCGGUAUUCUCUGGGCCUUGGGUAAAUCUGCCAAUGAGUAAGGCUGGCAUUCUCGUACGAAAAAAUCUGAUAAUCGUCAUAAUGAGAUCGCAAAAAGUUUGUUGUUUGACGGCCGGCAAAUUUUUCCCCGUUUCUCUGGAAACUUUUACCGCGGUUCUCAGUACGGCAAUGUCGUAUUUUACCCUGCUAAAGCACUCGAGCUUAGAAAAUAUGUAA